UGAAACGUAAACCGACUUCGAAACUAUCUAGGGUUUAACGCAAGUUACUCCAGCCAUGAAAUCACCACGGUACAACGACGUCUCGGAGAACCCUCAAACCAUCCUUCGAUGCCACUCACGAUACUCAUCUCCGAUCUCUAUUGAUCUCAUCAUCGAGAUAUUGUUGAGGUUGCCUCUGAACUCUAUAGCCAGAUGUCGUUGUGUAUCAAAGCUCUUGGCCUCUAUACUUGUCCGUCUAGAUUUCACGGACUCGUUCUUGGCCAGUUCUUUGUCUCGGCCACAGGUCUUGUUCGCCUGCCAAAAACAAUUUACAAAUGAUGUAAUGUUCUACUUCUCUACACCUCAGCCUCAAAAUCCUGAUGAGAACUCAUCUACUAUAGUUGCCAAUUAUCAUAUGAGUUUCCCCUUUGAUAGCCCCAGCCGUUGUAGUGCUGUUAGUGGUUUUGUCUGUACUGACGAUUUUCGGGUUAUAAAGGGACAGAAAACACCAAGGCGUGUGUGGGUGAUAUGUAACCCAAGCACGGGUCAAUCCUUUACCUUACCCAAAAUGAAGACAAGGAAGCGUAUUUGGAUAAGAUGCUUUUUAGGGUAUGAUCCGAUUGAGAAGCAACACAAGGCUUUGGCAAUGACCUCGCAAGUGACAAAAGCUGAAGAUCAUCAAGUUCUGACAUUAGGAGGAACUGAUAAACUGGCAUGGAGAAGGAUUGAAUGUGGCAUUCCCCAAUAUGGUUAUCCAGGGCCACGUAAUAUAUGCAUUAAUGGUGUUUUGUAUUUCAAAGCCAAGGCCAAAAAUUCUUCCAAUGGUGACGAUAUCAUAGUUUGCUUUGAUGUUAGGUCUGAGAAGUACAACUUUGUUAAAGUAAUGGAAAGAUUAGUGCACCCUAGAGCAACUCUGGUAAACUACAACGGUAAAUUGGCGUCAGUCAUCUCGCAAUCUCACUACCAUUUUAUUUAUGAUACUACUAGAAGUUUUGAGAUGUGGGUUCUACAAGACUCCGAAAAACAUGAAUGGUCCAAGCAUAUUUACAUAUUACCUCCUCUGUGGAAGCAUAUAAGUGCAGGUCAGAACUUAUACUUUGUAGGUGUGACUGGUGCAGAUGAAAUUGUUUUGUGUCCCAAAUCUUUAUUCCGCGAGCCUUUCUAUGUUUACUACUACAAUUUGAAGAGGGGAACUAUAAGACGAGUUGAAAUCCAAGGACUGGAAAAGUUAGAGGGGAGUUAUACAGUUGACACUUUUCUGAACCAUGUAGAGGACGUGAAGAUUCUGAAAUAGUUUUAAAAACUUUAUAGAGGAGGCUGGCUCUUAAGCUCUCAAUUUAAGCAUUAUAGUAUAUAAGAGAGCCCUUGUCUUUCCAAUGGUUUUGUGUUAUUUUAGCCUUCUCACUUAUCGGAGGACUAUUUCUGUCUUGUUUUGUUUUGGUAUUCAUCUUCUCUAUCCUCUUGUUCAGUAUGGAGCAAUGGUUGUUCUAAAUGAUAUAUUAGAAACACUUUUCUACUUGUGACACUAUAUAUGUAAUUACGUGAACCACUAAUUUCACUUGCCUCUAGCUAUGAAAAAUUAUAGCUAUAAUAUGAAUCAAAUCGCCAUGAACUGAA